UCCCCGCAUCCUGCUCUGCUGGGUUAAGUCCCUCUUUGGCCGGCUCUUGUCCAUCAUUUGCCGAAGUGAACCAACUGGCUCCCUGUGGGAGUCUCCCCUAGCAAUUGUAUCUAUACUUGGACUUCUCAGAUCUCCUCUCUUCAGAUCUCAGAGGAUGGCCUUGUCUGGAAAUCCCGCUGGUUCCAUCAUCCUCUAGCUAUGGAACGAGGCUGUGCCAGCAGGUUUGGGGGCAGGAGAACGGGGCUAAUCAAGCCAUCCAGGAAACACUGGAGGACUUGCCCAGCCUUUAAAGGACCCUGGGCUUUCUGAAUCCAGCCCACUCUGGUGGUAAGCAUGAUGCAACUUCUGCAACUUCUGCUGGGGCUUUGGGGGCCAGGUGGCUACUUGUUCCUUUCAGGGAACUGUCAAGAGGUGGCUACUCUCACAGUGAAAUACCAAGUGUCAGAGGAAGUGCCGUCUGGCACGGUGAUCGGGAAACUGUCCCGAGAACUGGGCUGGGAGGAGAGGCAUGGGCAGGCGGGGACUGCCUUCCAGGUCUUGCAGCUGCCUCAAGCACUCCCCGUUCAGGUGGACUCUGAAGACGGCUUGCUGAGCACGGGGAGGCGGCUGGACCGAGAGCAGCUAUGCCGGCAGCGGGAGCCCUGCCUGGUUUCCUUUGAUGUGCUUGCCACGGAGGAUUUGGCUCUGAUCCACGUGGAGAUCCAGGUGCUGGAUGUCAACGACCACCAGCCGCAGUUUCCCAAAGGCGAGCAGGAGCUAGAAAUCUCUGAGAGUGCCUCUCUACGCACCCGGAUCCCCCUGGACAGAGCUCUCGACCCAGACACUGGCCCCAAUACCCUGCACUCCUACACCCUGUCUCCCAGUGAGCACUUUGCCCUGGAUGUCAUCGUGGGGCCUGAUGAGACCAAACACGCAGAACUCAUGGUGGUGAAGGAGUUGGACCGGGAAAUCCACUCGUUUUUCGAUCUGGUCUUAACUGCAUAUGACGGUGGGAACCCCCCCAAGUCAGGCACCAGCUUGGUCAAGGUCAAUGUCCUGGACUCCAAUGACAAUAGCCCUGUCUUUGCUGAGAGCUCACUGGCACUAGAAAUCCAAGAAGACGCGCCCCCCGGUACUCUCCUGCUAAACCUCACUGCCACAGACCCUGACCAAGGGCCCAACGGCGAGGUAGAGUUCUUUCUCGGGAAGCACGUGCCUGCAGAGGUUCUAGACACCUUCAGUGUUGAAGCCAAGACGGGCCACAUCAUUCUGCGUCGAGCCCUAGACUACGAGAAGAAUCCUGCCUAUGAGGUGGACGUCCAGGCAAGAGACCUGGGUCCCAACCCCAUCCCAGCCCAUUGCAAAGUUCUUAUCAAGGUUCUGGAUGUCAAUGACAAUGCCCCGAGCCUCCACAUCACGUGGGCCUCCCAGCUGUCACUAGUGUCAGAAGCUCUCCCCAAGGACAGUUUCAUUGCUCUCAUAGUGGCAAAUGACUUGGACUCAGGAAAUAAUGGUCUGGUCCACUGUUGGCUGAACCAAGAGCUAGGUCACUUCAGGUUGAAAAAGACCAACGGCAACACAUACAUGCUGCUAACCAAUGCCACGCUGGACAGAGAGCAGUGGCCCCGGUACACCCUCACUCUGUUAGCCCAAGACCAAGGACCCCAGCCCUUAUCAGCCAAGGAGCAGCUCAGCAUCGAGAUCAGUGACGCCAACGACAACGCACCUGUGUUUGAGGAGAGCAGAUAUAAGGUCUACACUCGGGAAAACAAUCUGCCUUCCCUUCACCUCAUUACCGUCAAGGCUCAUGAUGCAGACUUGGGCAUUAAUGGAAAAAUCUCAUACCGCAUCCAGGACUCCCCAGUUUCUUAUUUGGUGGCUAUUGACUCACACACGGGGGAGGUGACUGCUCAGAGGACACUGGACUACGAACAGAUGGUCGGCUUUGAGUUCCGGGUGAUUGCAGAGGACAUGGGGCAGCCCCAGCUUGCAUCUCACGUCACCGUGUGGGUCAGCCUCCUGGAUGUCAACGAUAAUGCCCCAGAGGUGGUUCAGCCCGUGCUCAGCGAUGGAAAGGCCAGCCUCUCAGUUCUCGUAAAUGCCUCCACAGGCCACCUUCUGGUGCCCAUCGAGACUCCCAGUGGUUUGGGUCCAGCCGACGCUGACACACCAUCACCGGCCACCCACAGCUCCCGGCCAUUCCUUCUGACAACCAUCGUGGCAAGAGAUGCAGACUCAGGGGCAAAUGGAGAGCUCCUCUACAGCAUCCAGAGGGGUAACGAACUUCGUCUCUUUGUCCUCAGCCCCCACCAGGGGCAGCUGUUCAUCAAUGUCACCAAUGCCAGCAGCCUCAUUGGGAGCGAGUGGGAGCUGGAGAUAGUCGUAGAGGACCGUGGCAGCCCCCCCUUGCAGACCCGAGCUCUGUUGAGGGUCAUGUUUGUCACCAGCGUGGACCACCUCAGGGACUUGGCCCACGAACCCCAGGCCCUGAGCACAUCGGUGCUGACCGUGAUUUGCCUGGCUGUACUGCUGGCCGUCUUUGGGUUAAUCUGGGCUCUGGUCAUGUCCAUCUGCAGGACGGAGAAGAAGGACAACCGGGCGUACAACUGUCGGGAGGCUGACUCCACCUACCGUCAGCAGCCCAAGAGGCCCCAGAAGCACAUUCAGAAGGCAGAUAUCCUUCUAGUGCCUGUGCUCAGCAGCCAGACGGAUGAGCCUGGUGAAUUCAGACAGCCCCACAAGGACACGGGUAAGGCAGCGCUGGUGGAAGCAGGCUGGGACCCCUGUCUGCAGGCCCCCUUUCACCUCACACCGACCUUGUACAGGACCCUACGUAACCAAGGCAACCAGGGAACACUGGCCGAGAGCCGAGAGGUGCUGCAGGACACCGUCAACCUCCUUUUCAACCAUCCCAGGCAGAGGAACGCCUCCCGGGAGAACCUCACCCUUCCUGAGCCCCAGACUGUGAUGGGUCAGCCACUCUCAAGGACCCUGAAGGUGGCAGGCAGUCCCAUAGGGAAGCCGCCCAGGGACCAGGGCAGUGAGGAGGCCCCACCAAGCCUGGCGGCCUCCUCUGCAACCCUGAGGCGGCAGCGGAAUCUCAAUGGCAAAGUGUCCCCCAAGAAAGAGUCAAGCCCCCGUCAGAUCCUGCGGAGCCUGGUCCGGCUGUCUGUGGCUGCCUUUGCAGAGCGGAACCCUGUGGAGGAGCUCACUGUGGAUUCUCCUCCCGUUCAGCAAAUCUCCCAGCUGCUGUCCUUGCUGCAUCAGGGCCAAUUCCAGCCCAAACCAAACCACCGAGGAAAUAAGUACUUGGCCAAGCCCGGCAGCAGGAGUGCAGUGCCAGACACAGGUGCCAGGACUGGUGGCCAGGCAGAAGCAGACCAGGAGGAAGGCCCCUUGGACCCUGAAGAGGACCUCUCUGUGAAGCAGCUGCUGAAAGAAGAGCUGUCCAGCUUGCUGGACCCCCACACAGGCCUGGACCUGGACCGGCUGAGCGCCCCUGAUCCGGCCUGGAUGGCGAGGCUGUCUUUACCCCUCACCACCAACUACCGCGACAACCUGUUCUCCCCGGAUGCUGAGACUUCGGAGGAGCCGCGGACCUUUCAGACGUUCGGCAAGGCCACCGGGCCCGAGCUGAGCCCCACGGGCACGCGGCUGGCCAGCACCUUCCUCUCAGAGAUGAGCUCGCUGCUGGAGAUGCUUUUGGCGCAGCGCUCCAGCGUGCCCGUGGAGGCCGCCUCCGAGGUGCUGCGGCGGCUCUCUGUCUGUGGGAGGACCCUCAGUCUGGACCUGGCCACCAGUGGGGCCUUGGGCACAGAAGCCCCGGGGGGCCCGGGUGGAAAGAAGGGGGCUGAGGGCACAACCAGCAGCAGCAGCAGCAGCAAUAGGGACCUGUGAACACAAUUUGGGGACCUCUGAAUCCUGAAACUGGGGACCCUGGGAGAUGUUUGGGAACUGAGGAUCCUGGAACAUGAGCAGGUUGCUAAAAUCUUGAACUCAAUGGCCAGAAGUGACCUGAGAACUUUAGGGUGACUGAUGCUACCCCUGCAACAGAGGCAGAGCUGUCUGACCAAAGCAGGCUCCCUUGUACAUUUUUGGGGGGACGGGACAGUUUGAGGCUGAGAUAAGUGUUUGCUGGCAAAACACAAGUAGAGUGCAAAGGGUCAGUCCUCUGCAGAAGAGAUCUAAGGAGUGUCACAAGCAGGAAAGGAUGUCCUUGUUGGAUACUGGAGUGUGGGAGGGCUGGAUCCUGGGCAAUGCUCUCUGACCUACUAAUAAAGGAAAAGCAGUA